AUGACGAUGCAGGCGUUCACCAAGCUCGUGGACAAGGCGGGCGACCCCCCGCCCCCCGCGCCCGACCCGCCCGCGCAGCUGCCGCCGCCGGACGGCGGCGCGCCGGGCGCGGGGGAGGGGGAGACGGGCGUCCCUACGCUGGCGGAGGUUGGCUUCACGCAGCAGCCGACGUCGCCCUUCAAGGGCGGUGAGUCUGUGGCGCUCAGCAGGCUGGAGGAGGCAUUCAAGGACCCCAAGUGGAUCUGCGGCUUUGAGAAGCCCGCCACCGACCCCUCCGCGUUCGACCGCCCCGCCACCACCGUGCUCAGCCCAUACCUCAAGUUCGGCUGCAUCAGCCCCAGGCUGUUCCACCAGCGCCUGCUGCGUGUCUACCGCUCGGCAAAGGGCGCCCACACCAAGCCGCCGAUGUCGCUGCGGGGCCAGCUGCUGUGGCGCGAGUUCUUCUACACGGUGGGCAGCCACACGCAGAACUUCAACCGCAUGCAGGGCAACCCCAUCUGCAAGCAGAUCGACUGGGACACCAACUCUGAGCUCCUCAAGGCCUGGAGGGACGGCCGCACCGGCUACCCCUGGAUUGACGCAAUUAUGGCACAGCUGCAGCAGUGGGGGUGGAUGCACCACCUGGCGCGCCACAGCGUGGCGUGCUUCCUCACGCGCGGAGACCUGUACCUCUCAUGGGAGGCGGGGCAGGCGGUGUUCGAGGAGCUGCUGGUGGACGCGGACCACUUCAUCAACGCGGCCAACUGGCAGUGGCUGUCCGCCAGCACCUUCUUCAACCAGUACUACCGCGUGUACUCACCGGUGACGUUUGGUAAGAAGUACGACCCCCAGGGUCACUUCAUCAAGAACGCUUAG